AUGCGGAAAGGAGAGCAGUAUGUCAGCCCUAGCAUUCAGCUUCUGCCUGCCCGUGGACUCCUCCGUGCAGAGCUGGGCGACGACCACCUGGGAGCGCUCUUUGCCCUUCUCAGCGUCAGUGACCGGGAGCAGGUGUCUGCGUGUGUUUCCAUCCUGGAGAGGCUCCUGCAGGCCCUGGACCCGGUCUAUGUGAUCCAGAACCUCAGAGAAGAGCUUCAGAAGGGGCUUUACCACCCCGACGACGCCGUGAAAAUCCUCACCAUAUCUCAGGUUGGGAGGAUUGUUGAAGAUUCAGAUGCUGUGACAGAAAUUCUCAACAGUCCUGAACUAUUACGGCAAAUAAUAAAUUGCAUUGGUGGAGAGAAAAUAGCAGUGGCUAAAGAGGCCAUCAAGUCUCUCUCAAGAAUAGCACAGACGCAAGAUGGAUUAGAGGCUUUAUUUGUGAGCAAUUUGUUGAGUGACUUGAAAAAUGUCAUGGCAACAAAUGAUAUUGUUCGAUACAGAGUAUAUGAGUUAAUUGUUGAGAUUUCUUCGGUGUCAGCAGAUUCGCUAAAUUACUGUGCAAACAGUGGAUUAAUAUCAGAGUUAAUUGGAGAGCUGACUGGAGAUGAUGUGCUGGUCAGAGCUACUUGUAUAGAGAUGGUGACCUCACUGGCCCACACUCCACAUGGCCGUCAGUAUCUUGCUCAACAAGGAAUUAUCGAUAAAAUUUCGAACAUCAUCGUUGGUGCAGAGUCUGAUCCUUUCUCAGGCUUCUAUUUACCAGGAUUUGUUAAAUUUUUUGGAAAUCUGGCUGUUGUAGACAGUCCACAGCAGAUCUGUGAACGAUACCCUGUCUUCAUGGAAAAAGUCUUUGAAAUGGCAGAAAGUCAUGAUCCAACCAUGAUUGGAGUAGCUGUGGACACACUAGGAAUCCUGGGAUCAAAUGUGGAAGGCAAACAGGUUUUACAGAAAACUAGAAGUAGAUUUCAAAAUCUGUUAAACAGAAUAGGGCACCAGGCAAAGAAUGCCCCCACGGAGUUACGACUUCGGUGCUUGGAUGCAAUUUCAUCUCUUCUUUACUUGCCUCCAGAGCAGCAGACAGAAGACCUUUUAAGAAUGACUGAAUCAUGGUUCGCAUCCUUGUCUAGCCAGCCGUUGGAGCUCUUCAGGAGCAUCAGUACUCAGCCAUUCCCCGAUCUCCACUGUGGGGCUCUACGGGUGUUUACUGCUAUUGCAAAUCAACCGUGGGCCCAGAAGUUGAUGCUUGACACUCCAGGGUUUGUGGAGUACAUUGUAGACAGAUCUGUGGAGCCUGACAAAUCUUCAAAGGAUGCCAAAUAUGAACUUGUUAAGGCCCUUGUAAACUCUAAAACAAUUGCGGAGAUCUUUGGAAAUCAGUAUUACUUGAGGCUUAGGGCUUAUUUGCGUGAAGGCCCUUAUUAUGUUAAGGCAGUUUCUACUACAGCCGUGGAAGGAGCAGAGUAA